UUUAUUGUGAGAUUAAGCUUUGACUUUGGACUCAAAGAAUGAUUUGUACCGAUUACUAUGCAAUUAAUUUUAGACACAUUCAAGAUCAGUUUAUUGUUAUUGAUCCAGUCUACCACCUUAGUCAUCUCAGUGGCUAAAUUCACAUUUAAAUCAUCAACUGUUGCUGCUAAAUAUAUAGUGGAGUCAUUGGCAUACAUUGAGAUAUGAGCUUUGCUUAAUACACGUGUAAGGUCAUUAGUAAAUAUAGAAUAAAGGAGUGGCCCCAGGCAACUGCCCUGAGUCACUCCAUACUUCACAUUUAUGAUGUCAGAAUAGCUUCCAUUGAAGUACACCAUUUGCUUUCAAUUACUUAAAUGUGAUAUGUUUUGCAGGCACAUUCCUAUUCAGAAAUGUCCCAUCAGCAACCGUUAUCCUGGGUGGAAGAUGUCUUUCAGCUUCUAUUUGGGGUUGAGCAAACUGACCAUGGAAAGCCAAAUUGCAAUAAGACCUACGUCAUGUACCACGGCACCACGCGGACCAAUGCAACUGCCAUCCAGCGCGAUGGUUUCGUACAGUCUGCGGGCGGGAUGCUGGGCCGUGGUGUCUACCUCAGCCGUGACCUGAACAAGGCCAGAAGGUAUCCCAUCGACCCUAGUCUACCUGACUCAGAGCGGGUGGUGUUAAGGGUGGAGGUCAACGUGGGGAACGUGAUCGCGAUUAACUACCAGGGCCAUCCUCGCCAGAAGAACUGGCACAAAGGUGGCUGGCUCGGGAACAGGGAGGUCUUCGACACUGCCUGGUGUCCCCCGAACUGCGGUAUGACGCCAGGGGGCACGGAGGAGGACUGCGUGUGGGACCCCAGCCGCAUCAAGAUAAACCUGGUGAACUUCUACCGCAGCACCAUCGACAGCAUACUGACCAACUGUGUCACAGUGUGGUACGUUAACUGCUCCGCCUCUGACCGGAAACCACUGCAGAGGGUGAUGAAAAUAGCCCAACGGAUCACCGCUUCCUCCCUCCCCUCCAUCGACUGUCCAGACAAAGCGGUGCCAGCGUAA